AACGCGCCUUCACAAAUGCAAAUGGCGAUGUGGUUUUAAUUCAUUUCACACGAGGCGAGGCACAUUAUCUUAUAACAUUUGAGAAAUAAUUAACGAGUAAGUGUUCAAAAUUAAGUUAGAUUUUGUUUAGUUAUCCCUUUUGAUACGACAACAUGUCUCGCGGGUUUGUACAUUCUGUUAAAGUCCCAAGACUUUAUAAAGCAGCAGCUAAGGUCCUACAAGAAGUUGGCGAGAAACGUAGCGGUCUUAAAUCAGUGCUUUAUAAACAAAAUCAUCCUAAUGUGGCUGCAUUAUUUUCGUUAUGCAUGACUGCAAUUCGAAAAUCAGAACAAUUAAAUACUAUUCUAAGUAAAACUGGCCUAUUGACAAAUGAGCCCCGUUUGGAUCCAUGGUUAGCAAAAGUUCUUAUAACAGAAUUACUUUGGGGUAAAAAAGCUCUAAAAACAGAGUGCAAGCCUGCUCAAAUUAUACUUUCUUAUGAAACAAAAUUGAAAGAGGAAUUGAGUGCCAUUAAAACUACUGACGAACACGAAACACCCGAUUCAGUACAUAAAGCAAGAUACGUUCGCAUCAACACUAUAAAAUUACCAUUAGAGAAGGGAAUAUCUUAUUUCAAAGAAGAAGGAUGGGUUCUCCUACCAAAAUGUUCCGAUUAUACAAAGCAUUUAGAAGUAGUAAAAAAUUUAGAAAAGCCGAAUUUUAUUCAAGAUUUCCACAUUCCGGAAUUAUUUGUAUUUCCAAAAGGCACAAAUUUUCAAGAUGACCGUAGAUAUGAAGCCGGUGAAAUUUUAAUUCAGGAUAAGGCUAGUUGUCUCGCCGCAAAGAUAUUGGAUCCAAAACCUGGAUCCGUCGUCCUCGACAUGUGUGCAGCGCCUGGAAUGAAAACAUCUCACUUAGCUGCAUUAAUGAACAAUACAGGGACAAUUUAUGCAGUAGAGUUUGACGUGUCAAGAUAUGCAUUUUUAUGCAAACAAGUAAAAGCGACGGGCGCUACUUGCGUCAAAACUAUUCAGAAAGAUGCCUUAAAACUUGACGGAAAUAACUUUAAAGACGUGGAAUACAUUUUGGUUGAUCCCUCGUGUUCCGGAUCAGGUAUGUUAGACAGACAGAUAACAGAUGAAAAAGAGAAGCCUGAUCCACAACGACUUAGGCAGUUACAAAGUUUCCAAGUAUUCCUAUUACGACGCGCCCUUUUGCAUUUUCCAAACGUAAAGAAAGUAGUAUACAGUACUUGCUCUAUUAAUCCAGAAGAAAAUGAACAAGUGGUAGACGAAAUUCUAACCAACGUGAAAGAUUCGUAUAAACUUGUGGACACAAAGGAUCUGUACAAAGAAAAUUGGUUGCACUUUAGCUCGAGGGACUUCACUUGUUCAGACAAGUGUCUUUAUACCAAACCCGACGUAGAUCUGUGUAAUGGAUUCUUCAUCGCAGUAUUCGAACGGAACGUCGGCACACGCUUGCCUAAACAGAAACGUAAAUUAAUGGUUAGAUCCAAUAGCAAAAAAGCAAGAAUGAACGCUCAACCUUAUGUUAAAGAAGCAGCUGCGACUCAAUUAAAUAAGAAACCUGUGAAGAGAAAUAUAAAUGCCAAACCAACUCCCGCGCAAAAAAGUUCUCCAAAGGUUCCAAAAGCUUUGAACGACUCGACUGAUUCAGUUGCCAUCAUUGAAGAAAUGUCAUCUGAAGUCGAAGUGGAGGAAAUUAAACAGCAGCCUCCAGCGAAAAAGAAGAAGGUUGUUGGUCGCAGUAUUAGAAAGGCAAUUAAAGCGAAAACACCUCUAGCUAGAAAAAUGGGUAAAAAAAGAAUUGUUAAGCUGCCGAAAAGAGUAAAGAAAACAGUGUAAACAUAUAGUUUGUUCCACAGUUUUUUCCUGAGACGACGCUUUUUGUAUAACAAAUUAUGACAAUACAGAAUUGAACAUAAAA